CCUCCUGAAGCGAGGCGGCGGUAACGGGGCGCAGGGACCCGCGGGUGGCGGCGAUAACGGGGUGUCGGGGGGCGAGCAGCCCAUGAGCGGCUUGGGGGCGGCGCCCGAGUGCUGCGGAGGCCUCGGCCACGUCGACUGGAGGAAGGCAGAUCUCCGCGUUAUGAACCAGCUGCUGGGCUACGUGGACCCCUCCCAUCCCAGCUUUGUGGUCGCCGUCCUCACCAUAGCGUUCAACCCACUCUUCUGGAAUGUGGUUGCAAGAUGGGAACAGAAAACGCACAGGCUGAGCAAGGCCUUUGGGUCCCCCUACCUGGCCUGCUAUGCCCUGGGUGCUGCUAUCCUGCUGCUGAACCUGCUGCGCUCCCACUGCUUCACAGAGGCAAUGCUGCAGCAGCCCAAGAUGGACAGCCUGGACACUGCCCUGGUCCAGCACCUGGGCCUCGCGCUGCUGGCCAUGGGCAUCCUGUUUGUGGUCUCCAGCUUCCUCGCUCUGGGCUUCACUGGGACCUUCCUAGGUGAUUACUUCGGGAUCCUCAAGGAAGCAAGAGUGACCACAUUCCCUUUCAACAUCCUGGACAACCCCAUGUACUGGGGAAGCACGGCCAACUACCUGGGCUGGGCCCUCAUGCAAGCCAGCCCCACUGGCCUGGUGUUGACGGCUGUGGUGGCCCUCGUCUACGUGGUGGCCGUCUACUAUGAGGAGCCAUUCACUGCAGAGAUCUACCGGCAAAAGACUGCCAGGUCCCACAAACGGAGAUGAGCAGACCCCGCGUGGGGGAGCAGCAGCCAGCGGAGCCCUCCCCGAGCCUUGGGAACUUGCUGCCUUGGGGGCCCUGGGCCCGCUGUCGCGUGGCCUCAGCCCGGGCCGUAACCGCACACACCAAUAAAGCCCCUUUGACCCCA